CGACGCUCUAAAUUAGUGAUCACGUUUUGUGGAUCGUCAUCACUAUCAGCAAAACGCGGGCUGGUAAACUUUGUCUGCGACGCGAACGUCAAUCAUACCGUCACUGCGUUUCUACGUUAAAAAUUGAAUGCGGGACGAGUCAAUCCUAACUAUUAUCUAUUCAAUGAGCCUAUGAUAAAUAUAGCAAAUAACCCUCAGCGUUGCGAUGGAAGGGUCUAACGAGGAGGCAAUCCUCCCUGUCUCGCAGCACCAAUCCAGUGCUGUGAGGAAGCGUCGCUUAUCAUCCAGGAAAAAUGAAACAGAAACAUGUCAAAAUUCGGGAUCAAGAGACAUGAAACCUCAGAGACAAGACGCCUGGUGGAACGUUCACCUCUUUCGCGGAAUGAUUGACGACGUUCGCCGACGCGCGCCGUACUAUGUCAGCGACUGGCUCGAUGCCUGGGAUUAUCGAAUCAUUCCUGCUACAGUAUACAUGUACUUUGCAAACAUCUUGCCGGCACUUGCUUUCUCUCUUGACAUGUUUCAGAAUACAGGGUCAAAUUACGGAGUGAAUGAAGUCCUCUUAGCAUCUGUACUCGGUUCUGUCGUCUUUUCGAUAUUUGCGGCCCAGCCGCUUGUUAUCGUGGGCGUCACGGGCCCUAUCACUGUUUUUAACUACACCGUCUAUGACAUCAUGAAGCCAACCGGAGUUAAUUACAUUGGAUUCAUGGCAUGGAUUGGAAUGUAAGAUGAAGAUUUCUGAAAUUCAAACCACUUUAUUAACGGCUUGCAGAUGGUCACUUAUACUCCAUUGGAUUCUCGCCGCUACAAACUCGUGCAACUGGCUCCGCUGGGUUACUCGAUUCCCUUGUGACAUCUUUGGCUUCUACGUCGCCUUUAUCUACUUGCAAAAAGGAGUUCAAGUUUUGGAGCGGUUGGGUGAUGAACGGGCAUUCUAUCUAUCAAUUGUUGCGGCGCUGUUGGUUUUCAUGGCGGCCUAUAUCUGUGGCGAGCUAGGCACCGGCAGUCUUUUCCGACAUCCCAUACGAGUUUUCCUGAAAGAUUACGGCACGCCUCUUACGAUCGUAUUCUUUACCGGUUUUGUGCAUAUCGGUCGUAUGCGGGAUGUCCAGUUGGAAGUUCUCCCCACAAGCACAGCAUUCUUCCCAACGAGUGAUCGGAACUGGCUCGUUGACUUUUGGAAUCUUAGCGUUGGCGAAGUUUUUAUGGCGCUUCCAUUCGCUAUUCUAUUAACAAUCCUUUUCUGGUUUGAUCACAACGUGUCUUCUCUUAUCGCUCAAGGUAGUGAAUUUCCACUACGGAAGCCGGCGGGUUUCCACUGGGACCUCUUCCUUCUUGGCGUUACUACAGGAGUUGCAGGCAUAUUGGGACUACCGUAUCCGAAUGGGCUCAUACCACAGGCCCCAUUCCACACGGAAUCACUUUGUGUUACAAAGCCUGUCAAGGAGGUCGACGAGAAGGGGGAGCAUAAAGGCGGUUAUUCUUUCGAAGCAACUCAUGUGGUUGAGCAACGAGUGUCUAAUCUCGCCCAAGGUCUUCUUACUCUUGGAACAAUGACUAGACCAUUGCUAACCGUUCUUCAUCUUGUGCCUCAUGGCGUCCUUGCUGGCCUGUUCUUCAUCAUGGGAAUACAGGCGCUUGAGGCCAAUGGCAUCACGUCUAAGCUCAUUUUCCUUUUCCGCGACCAUAAUCUAACACCACCGAAUGCACCGUUGCUACAGAUCAAAAGACACUUCGCCAUAUGGUGGUUUGUCUUGAUUGAAAUCGUUGGCUUCGCAGCUACUUUUGCCAUUACUCAAACCAUCGCCGCUGUCGGCUUCCCGGUAUUUAUCUUGGCUCUUAUACCGAUUCGCGCCCUGCUGCUACCGAAGUUAUUCACUUCGGAAGAGCUUGCCCUGCUCGACGCGCCUACAGCAUCAGACUUUACUAUGGAGGGCAUUGGAGGUGCCUGGGGCGGCGACAAGGAUGGUCUUCAAGAAGGGGGCCAAAUGGAUAUCGGUAUGGCACCUUUAAGCAGAUCAGCAUCUCAGGCAACGUCGCGCUCAAAUGCUCUCUCUCGACCCCAGCAUCGAGAUAGUGUUUUUGCUUCACCAGGAAGCCCUCGCAAGAGUCAGGAAGAUUUGGCAGAGCUUGGCCAGAUUCCCAGUGGCCAAAGCACAACUACAAGACGAAGGACUGCUAGCAAUGCUACCAGCCGACGUGGCUCCCUACCAUGUUAAAUAAUCAGUCGAGUUACGCAGUACAUUAAUGGUUAUACUGUGCUAUACAGUGAGUAAACAAAAGUUACAAGUAGUCUAUAUUUCAACAAACGUAUUCCAAAUCUAUAUUUACACAACCUUUAUAUGUAACAAUCAUCUAAAAACUCGAUACAUAUUACGUAUUUUUAUCGUACACAAUAUUCUACAAAGAUUGAUAAAACCUGUAAUUUUACAAUAUAAUCA